AUGGAAGCAGUACUGGCAUCCCGCCAUUUAUCCACACCGUUCUCUCACAAUCGAACCACCACCACCUCCUCCUCUUCUAUCAAACCUUCCUCUUCCCUUUAUUUCCGUAAUUCCUUCGCGAAAGAGAUAUGGGGUUUGGUUCAGUCCAAGAACGUAACUUCCAGAAGAACGGACAUGAUUCGUCCAGUUGUGGUCAGGGCUGAAAUGUUCGGACAGUUAACCUCUGGUCUUGAAUCUGCCUGGAACAAGCUCAAAGGAGAAGAGGUUUUGACUAAAGAGAAUAUUGCGGAGCCUAUGCGAGAUAUUAGGAGAGCUCUUUUAGAAGCCGAUGUUAGUCUUCCUGUUGUAAGAAGGUUUGUGCAAUCUGUUACUGAUCAAGCUGUGGGUGUUGAAGUCACUCGAGGAGUCAAACCCGAUCAACAAUUGGUUAAGAUUGUUCAUGAUGAACUUGUGGAUUUGAUGGGUGGAGAGGUCUCUGAACUAACUUUUGCCAAAUCUGGGCCCACUGUCAUUUUAUUGGCUGGACUCCAGGGAGUUGGGAAGACAACUGUGUGUGCAAAGUUGGCAACUUAUCUCAAGAAACAGGGGAAGAGUUGCAUGCUUGUUGCUGGGGAUGUUUACAGACCUGCUGCUAUUGACCAGCUGACUAUUUUGGGCAAGCAGGUGGAUGUGCCUGUUUAUACAGCAGGUACCGAUGUUAAGCCUUCAGUGAUUGCUAAACAAGGUUUCGUAGAGGCCAAAAAGAAGAAAAUUGAUGUGGUUAUUGUUGACACUGCUGGUAGGCUGCAGAUAGACAAAGCAAUGAUGGACGAGUUAAAAGAAGUGAAACGGGCACUGAAUCCAACGGAAGUCUUGUUAGUUGUGGAUGCUAUGACAGGGCAAGAAGCAGCAGCUCUGGUGACUACUUUCAAUCUUGAGAUUGGAAUAACUGGUGCCAUCUUGACAAAGCUGGAUGGUGAUUCAAGAGGUGGAGCAGCUUUGAGUGUCAAAGAGGUAUCUGGAAAACCAAUUAAGCUGGUAGGACGUGGAGAACGCAUGGAAGAUCUUGAACCUUUUUACCCCGACCGAAUGGCAGGACGUAUACUAGGAAUGGGAGAUGUUCUUUCAUUUGUGGAAAAGGCACAAGAAGUUAUGCUUCAAGAAGAUGCUGAAGAGAUGCAAAAGAAGAUCAUGAGUGCAAAGUUUGACUUUAAUGAUCUUCUAAAGCAAACUCGUUCUAUUGCUCAAAUGGGUUCUGUGUCUCGAGUCAUUGGGAUGAUUCCUGGUAUGACAAAGGUUACUCCUGCUCAAAUUCGAGAAGCAGAGAAGAAUUUGCAGUUUAUGGAAGUGAUAAUAGAAGCAAUGUCACCAGAGGAAAGGGAAAAGCCAGAACUGUUAGCACAAUCCUCUGCCAGGAGGAAAAGAGUUGCUCAGGAAUCAAGGAAGUCAGAGCAGCAGGUAAGCCAACUCGUAGCUCAACUAUUUCAAAUGCGUGUUCAGAUGAAGAAGCUAAUGGGUGUAAUGGAAGGUGGAUCAAUGCCAACACUUAGUAAUCUUGAGGAAGCACUUAAAACAGAGGAAAAGGUUCCACCCGGCACUGCUAGGAGGAGAAAGAAAGCAGAUUCAAGAAAGCUAUUUGCAAAGUCAACUUUGAGGCCAGCUCCUCCCGGAUUUGGGAGCAAAAACUGA